UCAAUAAUAGGUUAAAGUUGGAGGUUGGAAACUUCAUAAACUAAUAAAUUAACAUUUCACUCGUUUCAACGAUACCUAUAUAAACAUGCACUGCCUCCUCUUCAAUACUCAAUCACAAACAUCUUUCUAAACCCUUCAAGCCAUUAGACAACUCUCAAAAGUGUUUUGGUGUUCAUUUCAAGUACUAAAAAAUGGUCAAUUUUUGGCCUCAUUUAGCAUGUGCCUUGGCACUAUGCUUGAUGGCCACCAAUGUGGCUGCAAGGGACUAUAAGCCUUACUCUUAUACAUCUCCACCCCCACCGCCAACUAGCUACUAUUACUCGUCUCCACCACCACCAUAUCUCUACAAGUCACCACCUCCUCCUUCUCCAUCACCACCACCGCCUUAUGUAUACAAGUCUCCACCUCCACCUUCUCCCUCACCUCCACCACCAUAUGUUUACAAGUCCCCUCCACCACCUUCACCAUCACCACCACCUCCUUACAUCUACAAGUCUCCACCACCACCUUCUCCAUCACCGCCACCACCAUAUGUCUACAAGUCCCCUCCACCACCUUCUCCAUCCCCACCACCUCCUUACAUCUACAAAUCCCCACCUCCACCUUCUCCAUCACCACCUCCCCCUUACAUCUAUAAAUCUCCACCUCCACCAUCACCUUCUCCACCUCCCCCUUACAUCUAUAAAUCUCCACCUCCACCUUCACCAUCACCACCACCACCAUAUGUCUACAAGUCUCCUCCACCACCAUCACCAUCACCACCACCUCCUUAUGUGUACAAGUCUCCACCACCGCCUUCUCCAUCCCCACCUCCACCAUACAUCUACAAGUCACCACCACCACCUUCACCAUCACCACCGCCACCAUAUGUCUACAAGUCCCCUCCACCACCUUCACCAUCCCCACCACCUCCUUACAUCUACAAGUCUCCACCUCCACCUUCUCCAUCACCGCCACCACCAUAUGUCUACAAGUCCCCACCACCACCAUCACCGUCACCGCCUCCACCAUAUGUCCACAAGUCUCCACCACCUCCUUCACCGUCACCACCACCUCCCUACAUCUACAAGUCUCCACCACCACCGUCACCCUCACCACCACCACCUUAUGUAUACAAGUCACCUCCUCCUCCAUCACCAUCACCUCCCCCUCCUUACAUUUACAAAUCACCACCACCUCCAUCCCCAUCACCACCCCCUCCCUAUAUCUAUAAAUCUCCACCUCCUCCAUCCCCGUCACCUCCUCCUCCAUAUGUUUACAAGUCUCCUCCACCACCCACGCACUCUCCUCCACCUUACUACUACAGGUCUCCACCACCACCCAGUGGCUACUAAGUAAACAAAGCAGCGUUUCUACAUUCGUUCGAGAAAAGAAACAUUACAGAAAUAAAAGGGUGCAAUUUAACUGCUUGACCCUCGCUCAUACAUUCAAAUUUCUUUUUGCACAUGGAUUGAUUUGUUGUCCGUGAUUUCUUAUACAUAUAUUUUUUAUUUUCUUUUCCUUUUUUAAUUAAUUGAGCGUUGAAUUGAAUUCAUAUUAAUUGACGUCUUAUUAGACCUAAUGUAAUACGCAUGUGCUUCUGUACGGUUCAAUAUACUGAAAUUUAACACAAGAGAAUUCUCCCCUCUUAA